UUGGCACCCAAACUAGGGCUUUUCCACUAGGUUUUAGUCCAUUUUCAUAAAUCAGAGAAAUCUCCGCGAGGAAUGGAGAAUUUGACUGGAUUCUUCGUCGCCGUCAAUCUCGAAUUGGAUUUUCCUUCGACACGCUAAAGAUUUUUAGGGGACUUCUGUGGCGCUGUUGAUUAGGUAUAUUUUUUUGUUGAUUUUCUGGUUCGAAUUGAUGGAAGCUAGAGUUGGAGUGGAUGGCGGCACCGCGGCGAGGAAGUUUCUACACCAGCAAUCGCGGCCGCAGCAGCCGCAAAUAUCGCAGAUUGGCACGGUUCCGCAGCUUCUCGCCGGUGGCAUCGCCGGAGCUUUCAGUAAGACAUGUACUGCUCCUCUAGCGCGGCUCACCAUUCUGUUCCAGCUGCAAGGCAUGCAUUCAGAUGUUGCGAUACUGAGUAAGCCUUGUAUAUGGCGUGAGGCCUUACGCAUAGUUAAUGAAGAAGGUGUUAGGGCAUUCUGGAAAGGGAAUUUGGUUACCAUAGCCCAUCGUCUUCCUUAUUCUUCAGUCAAUUUCUAUUCCUAUGAACAGUACAAAAGAAUUUUGAGAUCAAUACCUGGUCUUGAAGGUAAUGGAGAACAUCCCCAUGCAGAUGCAUUUGUGCAUUUUGUAGGUGGUGGCUUGGCAGGAAUGACUGCUGCGUCUGCUACAUAUCCUUUGGAUCUUGUUAGAACGAGGUUGGCGGCACAGAGGAAUACCAUAUAUUAUGAAGGCAUUAGGCAUUCAAUUCGUACCAUCUGCCGAGAUGAAGGUUUUUUUGGCCUGUACAAAGGGCUAGGAGCAACGUUACUGGGAGUUGGGCCCAGUAUAGCGAUAAGCUUUUCGGUUUAUGAGGGUUUGAGAUCUUCCUGGCUCUCUCACAGGCCUGAUGAUUCUACUGUAUUGGUGAGCCUUGCUUGUGGUAGUCUUUCUGGCAUUGCGUCAUCAACAGCGACAUUCCCUUUGGAUCUCGUAAGGCGAAGAAUGCAAUUAGAAGGUGCUGCUGGUCGAGCCCGGGUAUACAAAACUGGAUUACUUGGAACGUUGAAACACAUUAUCCGUUCUGAAGGCCUCCGUGGAAUGUAUAGAGGGAUAAUGCCUGAAUACUACAAGGUUGUUCCAGGUGUAGGCAUUGUUUUCAUGACCUAUGAAACAUUGAAGAAGCUUCUAGCACAAGGGCCUUUCAGUUAAUUCGAUCACUGCAUCUGGUCAUGGCUUACCAGUUCAGUUGUCAACCUCCUAAAACCCUUGGCCCUAAGGGAACAGUGAGGCCCAGUUUUGAUUUAAAUUGUAAGGAAUGUUACUAAUAUAGGUAGAUAACUCUAAUUUGUGGCAGUAAAUUAUGUUGCUGCCAAGGACGGUGAUGUCUCAGUGUAAAGUCUAUUGAUAUUGUUGAAUUUGGCAUCAAUGAUUUACUCUAGCGAACAUUUGUUGUAGUUUUUAGGCCUUCCAUCUCAGUAGAUUUUGUUAUGAUUAUUUUAUCAAAUGUUGUCACACUUGAAAGUUGAUACAGUUUUGUACGAGCUGAGCUCUCCAGCUCUGUUGAUUUGUAUUAUUACAAGUGAGAUGAUUUAAUUCA